AUGGCGACUACAUCAACUCAAAAUUAUUUUUCUAUACUACCGGAUGAAAUUUUAUUUCAAAUAUUUUAUCAAAUACGUCCAUUUGAUCAUUUAUUAAAAGCAGUCUCUCGAGUAUGUCGUCAUUGGCAUCAAUUAAUUUUUAAUGAGUUAUUUAUCAACAACUAUUAUCGAAAAAAAAAAUAUCGUCAACCAAAUUUAAUUGGUUGGUGGAGAUUUCAGAAUUCGGAUGCAAUUGGCUAUGAUUCAAGUGGUCUCAUUGGUCGGUGUUUCACCGUGACAGGUCAACCUAAAGUAGAUGAAUGUUUUCUAGGACAUUGUGCUGUAUUUGACCAAUAUUCAUCGAUACAAGUCCCGAUUGGUAGCUAUAAUGAAUAUCAAACUGAUUUGUUUACAAUAGCUGUAUGGGUUUAUUUUAAUGAAACGGAUAAAGGACUUUGGUCAUGGUCGACAUUUUUAGCGGCAUGGCAAGAUGAUAUUAAAAAGAAUUGGAUACAUUUAGGUUAG